UGUGUCCCUCAGACACAGCGGAUCACAGAUCAUGGAAAGAGCCGAAGAUGUUGGCUCAGUCAUGUGAUCAGCUGUGUUCAAUCACAGCUGAUCACAUGGCACUGAUGAUCAGUGUAGCCCCAGCAGUGCCACCUGUCAGUGUCCAUCAGUGCCUUGUGUCAGUGCUCAUCAGUGCCUCGUGCCAGUGCCCAUCAGUGCCACAUCAAUGCCACAUAUCAGUGCCCAUCUGAGCUGCCUUUCAGUGUCAUCCAUCAGUGCCAGUCAGUGCCACCUUCAUUGCUGCCAAUCAGUGCCAGUCAGUGCCGCCUAUCUGUGUGCAUCAGUGCCACCUACCAGUGCCAGUCAGUGCCGCCUAAUAGUGUCAGUCAGUGCCGCCUAACAGUGCCAUAUAUCAGUGCCAUGUAUCAGUGCUGCCUUUCAGUGCCCAUCAGUGAUGCCUGCCAAUGCCCAUCAGUG